GGACAUUACUAUUAACCCCUUCAGGUACACAAAGAAGAAGAUCACAGGAUCCAGAACUUUCUGUGUUUCUCCAAUCCAGGAUCCUCUGCUGAUAUCUUCUAUAUAAGAGAAUUCUCCUGGAUGACCCAUCAACCAUGGAGGGAGACAGGAACAAGAUGGCCGACAGGAUCAUAAACCUCACCCUACAGAUACUCUUCCGGCUUACUGGAGAGGAUUACACAGUAGUGAAGAAGUCCUCUAGUGGGCGCUGUCGGGCCCCUGUGUAUGAAGAAUGGGGAAGAACCCUGAGCCCAAUCCCGGGGCCCCCACCUCACUCCCUGAUACAUGAGGAAAUGGAUGAACAGAAGAUCCGAGAACUCAUCAACAAGAUGGUGGAGCUGCUGACUGGAGAGGGUGAAGAUCCGAACAAUAUUAAUGCUCCAGAGACAGAUGUGAGCGGUGGUGAGCAGUAUAAAGAAGACAUUCCUACAGGGAAAGAUCUGAACUAUAUUAAUGCUUUAAAGAUAAUAGUAAAAGAAGAAGAAGAAGAGACAGAUGUGAGCAGUAAUGAGCAGUAUAAGGAGGACAUUUAUACAGGGAAAGAUCUGAUCUAUAUUAAUGCUACAGACACAAAGGAAGAAGAGACAGAUGUGAGCGGUGAUGAGCAGUAUAAGGAGGACAUUCCUACAGGGAAAGAUCUUAUCUAUAGUAAUGCUGCAGACAUAAAGGAAGAAGAGACAGAUGUGAGCAGUGAUGAGCAGUAUGUGGAGGACAUUCUUACAGGUAACCACCAAGAUUCUUGUGCCAGGAGAUCAGAGGAGAAUCUUAUAUCUUCAGAUUAUAAAGCAGAUGAUGAUAUCACACAAGAUACAUAUGAAGAACAUUCCAUUAUCCCAGAUACACCCUCAGCCCUUCACAGCCAAGAUCUGUCAUCUCAUCCUUAUAUACAGGUCCUGUCUUCUCAGUCAUCACAAAAUGUUAAGGAAAAGAAAGGUCAUAGAAGCGGCGUUGGACAUCAAAAAGCUCAUACAGGAAAGAAACCAUAUUCAUGCUCAGAAUGUGGGAAAUGUUUUACUUUUGAAUCACUUCUUGUUAUACAUCAAAGAACUCAUACAGGGGAGAAGCCAUUUUCAUGUAGAGAAUGUGGGAAAUGUUUUAUUAAGAAAUCACAUCUUGUUCAACAUCAAAGAACUCACACAGGGGAGAAGCCAUUUUUAUGCUCAGAAUGUGGGAAAUGUUUUACUUGGAAAUCAACUCUUCUUCAGCAUCAAAGAACUCACACUGGAGAGAAGCUGCUUUCAUGCACAGAAUGUGGGAAAUGUUUUACUUUUAAAUCACUUCUUGUUAAUCAUCAAAGAACUCACACAGGGGAGAAGCCAUUUUCAUGUUCAGAAUGUGGAAAAUGUUUUACUGACAAAUCAAGCCUUGUUAAACAUCAAAAAACUCACACGGGGGAGAAGCCAUUUUCAUGUUCAGAAUGUGGAAAAUGUUUUACUGAGAAAUCAAGUCUUGUUAAACAUCAAAGAACUCACACAGGGGAGAAGCCAUUUUCAUGUGCAGAAUGUAGGAAAUGUUUUACUCAGCAAUCAAGUCUUGUUAAACAUAAAAGAACUCACACAGGAGAGAAGCCAAUUCAGUGUACAGAGUGUGGGAAAUGUUUUAUUGUGAAAUCACAACUUGUUCAACAUCAAAGAACUCACACAGGAGAGAAGCCAUUUUCAUGUUCAGAAUGUGGGAAAUGUUUUUCUCAGAAAUCAAAUCUUGUUAAACAUAAAAUAACUCAUACAGGGGAGAAGCCGUUUUCAUGUUCAGAAUGUGGGAAAUGGUUUGCUCAGAAAUCAGAUCUUGUUGGACAUCAAAGAACUCACACUGGGGAGAAGCCAUUUUUAUGUUCAGAAUGUGGGAAAUGUUUUACUCACAAAUCACAUCUUGUUCAACAUCAAAGAACUCACACUGGGGAGAAGCCAUUUUCAUGCUCAGAAUGUGGGAAAUGUUUUACUCAGAAAUCAAGUUUUGUUGUACAUAAAGAAACUCAUACAGAGGAGAAGCCAUUUUGCUGUGCAGAGCGUGGGAAAUGUUUUAUUGUGAAAUCACAACUUCUUCAACAUCAAAGAACCCACACAGGGGAGAAGCCAUUUUCAUGUUCAGAAUGUGGGAAAUGUUUUACUCAGAAAUUACAUCUUGUUAAACAUAAAAGAACUCACACAGGAGAGAAGCCAUUUUCAUGUUCAGAAUGUGGGAAAUGUUUUACUCAGAAAUCACAUCUUGUUAGACAUAAAAGAACUCACACAGGGAUGAAGCUGUUUUCAUGUUCAGAAUGUGGGAAAUCGUUUGCUCAGAAAUCAAGUCUUGUUCUACAUCAAAGAACUCACACAGGGGAGAAGCCAUUUUCAUGUUCAGAAUGUGCGAAAUGUUCUACACACAAAUCACAUCUUGUUCAACAUCAAAGAACUCACACUGGGGAGAAGCCAUUUUCAUGCUCAGUGUGUGGAAAAUGUUUUACUGAGAAAUCAUGUCUUAUUAAACAUAAACGAACUCACACAGGGGAGAAACCAUAUUCAUGUUCAGAAUGUGGGAAAUAUUUUACUCAGAAAUCAAGUUUUGUUGUACAUAGGAAAACUCACACGGAGGAGAAGCCAUUUUGCUGUGCAGAGUGCGGGAAAUGUUUUAUUGUGAAAUCACAACUUGUUCAACAUCAAAGAACUCACACAGGAGAGAAGCCAUUUUCAUGUGCAGAAUGUGGGAAAUGUUUUACUCAGAAAUCACAUCUUGUUCAACAUCAAAUAACUCACACAGGAGAGAAGCCAUUUUCAUGUGCAGAAUGUGGGAGAUGUUUUACUCAGAAAUCACAUCUUGUUCAACAUCAAAUAACUCACACAGGAGAGAAGCCAUUUUCAUGUGCAGAAUGUGGGAGAUGUUUUACUCAGAAAUCACAUCUUGUUCAACAUCAAAGAACUCACACAGGGUAGAAGCCAAUUCAGAGCAAUAAAUGAUGCAGAUAACACAUCUAUAUAUUAUCCAUGUACAUAGGAUAUCUGACAUUUAUACAUAUAUCAUAUACUGCAUCUCCAGACUUGUUACCAAUUGUUAAUAAAAGUUUUCUUUCUUAUAUGAUUUAUUAUUCUUAUAUUCAUCUCCGCACACUGGACUUAUAAUAAAUGUAAUAUUGUCCCUGACGUUGUAUAUAGGGAAUGUAACGCGUCAGUGUUGUCCCCGCCCCCUUCUCAUUAUGAUUAUAGAGACUUUAAUUCAAGGCAUCAGACAGGAUCCGCGCGUCUCCCUUGAAGAU